UGCUCGCGGAGCAGUGCGGCAGUGGUCCGCACUGCAAACAGGUGGCCGGAGCCGUGCACCGCAUACAGGUGGCAGGAGCCGCGGGUGGGCCGCCAGGCGUCGCGCGGGAGCUGCGGUUGCCUGGGAGACCGAGCAGGGCUAGUGGGCGGCGCGGAGCCGAGGGGAGCCGGGCAGUUGCGGGAGUAGCAGGGCGAGAGUUGGGAGGGGGUGUGGCUCCCAGGGCAGCGCGCGGGAGACAGGGGGGUCCUGGGGCAGCGAAAGGUGGCCGCACCACUGGGGAGUGAGGGCAGCGAGCAAAGUGAGUACGCCGCGAGCCUGGUCGUAACUCAACCUCCUCCACCGAUCGAGGCGGCGCGGGAGCUGCACUUGCCUCGUCUGCGCGUCCGACGGUCUCUGCCCCGCGGGGGGUGACUGCGGCCGGGCGGCCAGUCAGGGAAAACCAGGCUUCCGCGUGAGCCCGGCCCGCGCCUCCGCUAUCGCGAAGAGGAGCCGGGUGGGCGGCGGGCGUGCUUCCCUGCGGCACCGGCAUGACUUCUCUGGGCUCUCCUCUGGCGCCCUUGCUGCUCCUCUCUCUGCACGGUGUUGCAGCUUCCCUGGAGGUCUCAGGGAGCCCUGGGAGUGUCCAGGUGGCCCGAGGUCAGACAGCAGUCCUGCCCUGUACUUUCACCACCAACGCUGCCCUCCUUAACCUCAAUGUCAUUUGGAUGGUCAUUCCUCUUGCCAAUGCCAACCAGCCUGAGCAGGUCAUUCUGUACCAGGGUGGACAGAUGUUUGACGGUGCCGCCCAGUUCCACGGUAGGGUGGGAUUUACGGGCACCAUGCCAGCCACCAAUGUCUCUAUCUUCAUUAACAACACUCAGCUGUCAGAUACAGGCACCUAUCAGUGUUUGGUUAACAACCUUCCAGAUAGAGGGGGCAGGAACAUUGGGGUCACCGGUCUCACAGUUCUGGUUCCCCCUUCGACCCCCCACUGCCAAAUCCAGGGAUCCCAGGAUAUCGGCAGCGAUGUCAUCCUGCUCUGUAGCUCAGAGGAAGGCAUUCCUCGACCAACUUACCUUUGGGAGAAGUUAGACAAUACCCUCAAACUACCUCCAACAGCCACUCAGGACCAGGUCCAAGGAACAGUCACCAUUCGGAACAUCAGCAUUCUGUCUUCAGGUCUGUACCAGUGCGUGGCUUCUAAUGCCAUUGGAACCAGCACCUGCCUUUUGGACCUCCAGGUUACUUCCCCCCAGCCCAGGAACACUGGACUAAUAGCUGGAGCCAUUGGCACUGGUGCAGUUAUUACCAUUUUUUGCAUUGCACUAAUUUUAGGGGCAUUCUUUUACUGGAGAAGCAAAAAUAAAGAGGAGGAGGAAGAAGAAAUUCCUAAUGAAAUAAGAGAGGAUGAUCUUCCACCUAAAUGUUCUUCUGCCAAAGCAUUUCACACCGAGAUGUCCUCCUCAGAGAACAACACAUUGACCUCCUCCAAUACCUUCAACAGUCGAUACUGGAGCAACAAUCCAAAAGUUCAUAGAAACACAGAGUCAUUCAAUCACUUCAGUGACUUGCGCCAGUCCUUCUCCCUGCACUCAGGCAAUGCCAACGUACCAUCCAUCUAUGCUAACGGGAGCCAUCUGGUCCCAGCUCCACAUAAGACUCUGGUUGUGACAGCCAACAGAGGGUCAUCACCACAGGUCACGCCCAGGAACAAUGGCUCAGUCAGCAGGAAGCCUCGGCCUCAGCACACACAUGCCUGCACCGUCAGCCGAGCGACCCUGGAGCGAAUCGGUGCCGUCCCUGUCAUGGUGCCAGCCCAGAGUCGGGCCGGGUCUCUCGUAUAGGACAAGAGCCAAUAGAGCGUUCAGAAAAGAACCAGUGAAAUGCUUCACACAAGAGGCUGGGUGUUGUGGAUAAGUGCUGGGAAAGAAACUCUUUCCUUACCAUGAUUCUAGUAAAAAGCACAGGAAAGCAAAUGCUGUCACCUGGCCACUAAGAUUUGUGACAUGAACCAGACUGCUCUGUCAUGAAGAUUUGUUUCCCCUCCACAGACGUCCCAGUGUUCUACUCAGAAAGCUGGAUCUCUAAGAUGUGCCAAGCCAAGGAAGAAGAUAUAAGAGCAGAAUAGCACGAAAAAUCUAAAUUGCAUUCAGGCGGGUUUAUUCUUUAGUUCAUGCCUAAUAUAAUAGUUUUUCAAGAGACUAAAGUGCCAGAUGGAGUUUAAAUAAUGAAAUUAUUCUAAAAGAUAGGCGUCUUUAGAAAAAAUAAUGAACACCUUGGGAUAUCUCCCAGCUGUCCCCAUGCCCUCUUUAUGUAGAGGGCAAAUGGCAUGAAUGGUUCCUGUCUGUCCUAGCAGGGGUGGCUCUUGUGUCACAGAAUCAAAGCUUUUUACACAAGCAAAAUUCAGUUAGAAAUGAGAGAAAACAAAAGAAACUUCUUUGACAAGCCCAUUUUUAUUUAUUUAUUUUUUGAACCACAAAUUCCAUAUUUGGAAUAUUGCUCUGUUGACAGAUUCUUGCCUGUCUAUGUUUUUUCUAGGGCUUGCCAUAGGUCCAUGACAGUUACUGUUCAUGAUUUCCUGGGAAAGUUUUUUUUUUUAACUAUUGGUUUUUUAAGAGAAUACAUGAGGGGCAUUGGAUGAGGGAAAGAAAAGACUGUUAUUAACACCACGUUCAGUAACUAUUCUUAGGGCCCACAGAUGUCCAUCACGAAAGAGGCCCCCUGUGUGGGGGUAGCACAGGAGAGAAGGCAGGCAGGUCCCAGGGCCCAGAACUUUCCUGGCAGCCUCUUGGGGCGGCGUCCAGGUCUCCCUGCCAUGACACUGGGUUACUUGUAAUGAGGGCAACACCCGAUGCCUUUUGUCUUGAGGUAGACAACUUUCUCCUUGUUUGACAAGUAGGGGUUAGGCUAUUAGGUAGUUACAGGGCAGGAGAUGUUUUCUUUCUUUUUUU